AUGGGAAACAAGCCUCCAGUGCAGCCCACGGCCACGGCCAAGGCGAGGUGGUGGGGAGACAGCGACAAAAAGGCUGUUUUAGCCCGCGUAAACAUGCGCGAGCUCAUGCUUCUGAUGCGUUCAAACCACAUGUACACGCUGCACAGAGGUGGAUCGGUAAAAUGGAAACCCCCAGCAGCUGAAGGAAGCUGGGUUGGCCUCCCAACCACAAUCAAGGUCAAGCAAGAUGCCUUUGAAAGACGCGUGUCGUCACUCGAGCCAGGGACAAAGACCCAGGGCGCUUGCGAUGAAACAGCGCACGGGGAAAUUUACUGCAACAACGUUUGCAUCUACAACAUGUUCUUCCAAGGGAAUCGCAUCUAUUUUCUUUCAUACAAGAAGAGGCGCGACAACAACUUCUUUUCAUGCGACAUUAAGUGCAACCCAAACCUCACUUCAAAAAUGACGAGCUGCCAUCGCGUAGCGGCAGCGCAUCGCCGGCGAUUGCUCAAGAAGCGCUUCGUCUGCACCUCGCCCAAUGGGCGGUUUGUGGAAGGAGCACGAGCCAUCGAUGGUCAACCCUUGUCACGCAUUGAGGUUCACGGGAAAAACCUCUUUUACUUCUUCGGCCCUCGUCCCGAAGCAGCCAACGUGGCCAUUGUGCACGUUCACUUUGGCAUGUCGGGUCGUUUUGCGGUUUUUGAUUUGGACAAGGCCCCGGAACCCACUGCUACCACGCGCCUGCGCCUCGUCAACGAGCAGGCCGGCCUGGUUGCCCACCUCUCAGCCAUGACCGUCCGCCUCUUGGACCUUGCAGGCUACAAGGCCAAGGCUCGUGAAUUGGGCGAAGAUCCCUUGCGCAGCGAUGCUCAGCCCUCGGUUCUUUGGCCCCGCGUCAAGGCAUCGCGCAAGUCCAUCGGCGCACUCCUUAUGGAUCAAGGAGUAGGCAACAUUUAUCGGGCCGAAAUCUUGUUCAAGUCUGGUGUGCAUCCUGAGAUUCCUGCGGCCUUACUGGAGGAGGAGCAGUUUGAAACCAUUUGGCGCCAUGCCGUGCUCCUCCUGCAACGAGGCUUUGAGGUGGGCAGCAUCCUCACGGUGGAUCCAGAGGAGGCGCGCCGGCUAGGACGACCCAAGAUGCGACGAUACAUUUACAAUCAAAAGCAUUGCGGGCGGUGCCGAGGACCGGUGCGGUCGUGGAUCAUCAAUGCACGGACCUGCUACGCUUGUCCGACGUGCCAGCCCUUGACGGAAGGCGUGUCCGACACGGUGGCUCAGGUUUUGGAGCGGGCCAAGAGUCCCACCGUGUUUACCAGUCACUGUGCCCCCGAUACGCUGGAGGAGCGUCGAUGCCAGCCCACCAAGCUACGCGUGGCUGAGCUUCGCGCCGAGCUGGAGCGCUUGGGCCACGCCGUCACCGGCACCAAGGCAGUUCUAGUGGAACGCUUGACGUCUGUCAUGCACCAGCAACCCAAGACGAGUAAAGCUGCAGCAGCAAGCAAACCCGCAAGCCGCCGGCGCGCUCGGCAAAAGCGGGUCAAAUCCCAAUCCGAGACCAAGGCGCCAAUUGCGGGCGUGGCAGCCAAGCUGCCUCGGCCUGGUACAGCCCAUCUCAAACAGAUGCGAUCGGCUGCGGCGGCCGCUCGGGACAAGCGGGCUGUGGGCGAAAAGCAAUCUGUCGAGCACGUGGCAGAUCUUGACCAAACCUUGGCCGGAGCUACCGUGGACUGGACCGAUCUACACGGACAGGACAACCCAGGUGUAUCGUUGCAGCGCGAGCUGACGCCGAACAUGGGCGACGCCGUCGUUCUGGUAACCCAAACUGGGUCGCGAAGAAGUCAUCGCCGACUCUUUCCACAGGCCGAUGAUCAACCCGUGGCCGCUGUUGAGCGACAGUCUACCGUACCGCUCAUCCCCGAGUCGGGUCAGGAGGCCGAACUGUACGUGCCGCGACGCCUUACGCGUGCAGCAGCAAAACGCGCCAAGAUUUCCCUUGCCGCAUGA